UUAUAAGAAAUUUUGUUGCAAUAAUUUAGUUAAACAAAUGUAUUGUUAAUAUUUGUUGCGUUUUAUAUUUAUUAUCAGAAAUGUUUUGUUUUAAAGUUUUAAUAUCUUUUGUUGUUUUAAAAUACACCAUGUCAACUGAUUUGAUUUUAAGAAACACUGCUAGUGGUGAUAUCAUUCCCUGUGAUACAGAUGAUGACUGUGAUGAUGUAGAGGGCAAAUGCAUCGAAAGUUUUUGCAAUUGCAACGGGUCCUCAGUGUGCAUGGACGAAGGAGGGGUGCUCGUUACGAAAAUCGGAGAGUCGUGCAAAUCAAAUAAAAACUGCAACAUAGAUGGCGCUUUUUGCAGUCGAGGAAGAUGCAUCUGCGAUAUCGGGAUGAUCGCAUCGAAUUCCUUUAAAACAUGCCUUUCGAUUUCUGAUGGACUUGACAGUAUGUGCGAAGAAAAUGUUCAGUGUGCAGCCAUAACACCCUUUUCACUUUGUCAAGAUAAUAAAUGCGUUUGUCAACAAAACAGGCACCCAUUCAAUGGAACUUGCUACAAAACUGUCGAGAUUGGGAAAAAGUGUGCAGACCAUAUAGAAUGUUCCCAAACGCAGCAUUCAGAAUGUGUUGACUCCACUUGUAGAUGCAAAAAUGAUUACGGCUUUAGCGACACAAAAUGUUGGCCUUUGGUUAAAGGAUUGGGAGGUCCUUGCACCAAGGAUAUUCAGUGCAAGCCAAUUUUGGGAUACGGUUCGGAAUGUUAUCAAGGGUUUUGCAAAUGCCAGGAUCUUUUUCAACUCAAAAAUACUACCGGGAAAUGUGUUAAAGAUAUGUUGCUUGGUGAAACUUGUAUGGAUCAUUUUGACUGUCAUCAACCAGGGCAAGGUGUUAGUCGGUUGGAAUGCAUUCUUGGGGAGUGCAAAUGCAAAUCUUCGUACAUAAAACUGGACGGAUAUUGCUUAAGUUCUUCGUCGAAUACAUCAAUUUUUUUGCCCUUAAUGUUGUUUUUAAUAAUUGUAAUUAAUUGUUUUUAAAGAUAUAUAUUUGUUUAUACUAUGCUUAAAAGUUUACCAUUAUAUAUAACUAUGUAAUGGUACAUAUUUAUUUUUUACACUAGAUACUAUAAUGAUUGUUAUUUAACAUUAAAAAUAAAGUAUUAUAAUUUUU